CGGUGGCCUGGAAGGCCGGAGAGGCCUCGCGUGCGCCGGGGCGCCGUGCUCCCGCCGUUUGGGCUGCCCAAUUUUGGGGGGGUGUGGGGAUCGGCUCUAUUUCUUGGGGCAGGCAGGCAGCAGUCGCAUAAUUAAAACCUCACUGGGAUCCUUGAGUGAGGGUGGAAGCCAUGAAAAGAAAGGACCCAGGAGAUACGGGGGUUGGAACGGGUGUCCGAGCGCUGGGGACCUGGGUGAGACCCCUGCAGAGGAGAGUAGGCCAUUAGAGAAAUGGGAAGGAUUGUGAAGAUUUUUGUGGGAACGUUUCUUGCAGAACAUAAGUUAUUAGGAAACAUUAAAAAUGUGGCCAAGACAGCUAACAAGGACCAUUUGGUUACAGCCUACAACCAUCUUUUUGAAAGUAAGCGUUUCAAGGGUACUGAAAGUAUAAGUAAAGUGUCUGAGCAGGUGAAAAAUGUGAAGCUUAAUGAAGAUAAACCCAAAGAAACCAAGUCUGAAGAGACUCUGGAUGAGGGUCCACCAAAAUACAUAAAAUCUGUUCUUAAAAAAGGAGAUAAAACCAACUUUCCCAAAAAGGGAGAUGUUGUUCACUGCUGGUAUACAGGAACACUACAGGAUGGGACUGUUUUUGAUACUAAUAUUCAAACGAGUUCAAAGAAGAAGAAAAAUGCCAAGCCUUUAAGUUUUAAGGUUGGAAUAGGCAAAGUUAUCAGAGGAUGGGAUGAAGCACUCUUAACUAUGAGUAAAGGAGAAAAGGCUCGACUAGAGAUUGAACCAGAAUGGGCUUAUGGAAAGAAAGGACAGCCUGAUGCCAAGGGUGCCUGGAUGGCUCAGCCAGUUAAGUGUCUGUCUUCGGCUCACCUCAUGAUCCCAGCAUCCUGGGAUUGAGCCCCGCAUUGAGCUCCCUGCUCAGUGGGGAGCCUGCUUCUCCCUCUCCUUCUGCCCCCUCCCAAUUGUACCCCCCCCACACUUGUGCUCUCUUCUCGCUCGCUCUGUACUCUCUCAAAUAAAUCUUUAAAAAAAAACUAAUUCAAAUCUACAAUGUGGAAUUAUCACUGAUUAAAAAGAUAAUUUUUUAGGAUGCGCCUGCGUGGCACAGUUGGUUAAGCAUCUGAUUCUUGGUUUCAGCUCAGGUCAUGCUCUCUGGGUCGUGAGAUCAUGCCCCAUGUUGGGCUCUGCACGAAGCACAGAGUCUGCUUAAGACUCUCUCUCCCUCUGCCCCUCCCCCCUGCACGUGUGUGCUCUCAAAUCCUUUUUCUUAAAAAAAAAAAAGAUAAUUUUUAAUAAAUAAAAAACUUCUAACAUGAUACGUGUAUUUUAAGUCUCACCUGGAACUCAGAACUUCAAAAACGAUGUCACCUGAAGCCAAACUGACUGUAAAAUCCUAAAGAUUUUGUUUUCCUUUUACCAUUUUCUGAAAUAUUUUUUAUAAAGACGAAUGGCCUUAUUUUUUAAAGUAAUCAUAAACCUGAACACAGAUAAUUAACAUUUCUGUAGAAAUGACUUUAAUAUACUUGACAUGCAUACACAACUUCCCUGGGCAGCCUACAUACAUACACAUCUAAUGAUAACAACCAGUAACUCUGAUCCCAAAAUGUUCAAGAAGCUAUAAAAUUGUUACUACCAGCAAUCUCUGGUUGAGUGUUUACUCAACAUCAAACACUUUAAAUGGACUAGGUUUUUUUAAGACUUUUAACAACCUGUGGAUUAGGUGAUAAGAGAGAUUCAAUCAUAACAAGAAAAUCUGAAAACUGAGGAAUACACAAAUGGUAAGUGACACAGCUAAGAUUUAAGCAUAUAUUUGAAUUAAACAUCAAUUCUUACUAAUACAUUAUGCUGCUACCUAAAUUUCUAAGCUCAUUUAUUUUUCAAUCAUUGCCUUUUUAAAUUUCAACUACAACAAUCUUAGACCUGAUAUACAGACCCUCUAU